CGGCGGCAGCGCUUGGUGCCUCGUCCCCGGCGGCGCCGCCAGCAGCACGGGGUGGCCCCGCAGCGCUUGCUGCCCCGUCUGCGAGGGGGGAGCUGCGCGGCGGGGGGGACACGCACGCACACGACAUCGCCCUGCCCCACGAGGAGUGGAGAGCGCCGCACCGAGCACCCUACCCCGGCGUCCCGUCCCCCCCACCGCCCGACGCCGCGGAGUGGUGACCCGCUCACGGGGGAGCGGAACCCCAGAAGGAGACAAACGGAAGGUAGAAGGUUUUAAGUGGACAGGACACUAAAAAAAACCAAGAAAAAUGCCGAAACCAAUCAACGUUAGAGUAACCACAAUGGAUGCAGAGUUGGAAUUUGCCAUCCAGCCCAAUACAACAGGCAAGCAGCUAUUUGAUCAGGUGGUGAAAACUGUUGGUCUUCGUGAAGUCUGGUUUUUUGGGCUACAGUAUGUGGACAGCAAAGGCUACUCAACUUGGCUGAAGCUAAAUAAAAAGGUAACACAGCAAGAUGUAAGGAAAGAAAAUCCUUUGCAGUUUAAGUUCAGGGCCAAGUUUUUUCCAGAGGAUGUAUCUGAAGAAUUAAUUCAGGAAAUAACUCAGAGACUUUUCUUCCUGCAAGUCAAAGAAGCGAUCUUAAAUGAUGAAAUAUAUUGCCCACCAGAAACGGCAGUUCUUCUGGCUUCUUAUGCUGUCCAGUCCAAGUAUGGAGACUACAGCAAGGAGAUACAUAAACUAGGCUACCUAGCCAAUGACAGACUUCUCCCUCAGCGUGUGUUAGAACAGCACAAACUGACAAAAGAACAGUGGGAAGAAAGAAUACAGAACUGGCAUGAAGAGCACAGAGGAAUGUUAAGGGAAGAUUCCAUGAUGGAAUACCUUAAGAUAGCACAAGACUUGGAAAUGUAUGGAGUCAACUAUUUUGAAAUAAAGAAUAAAAAAGGAACUGAAUUGUGGCUAGGAGUUGAUGCUUUGGGUCUGAAUAUAUAUGAGCACGAUGAUAAGCUGACACCCAAGAUUGGUUUUCCUUGGAGUGAAAUAAGAAACAUCUCUUUUAAUGACAAAAAAUUUGUCAUAAAGCCAAUUGACAAAAAGGCGCCUGAUUUUGUUUUUUAUGCACCCCGACUGAGAAUUAACAAGCGAAUUUUGGCACUGUGUAUGGGAAAUCAUGAAUUGUACAUGAGAAGGAGGAAACCUGAUACAAUUGAAGUGCAGCAGAUGAAGGCCCAAGCUAGAGAGGAGAAACAUCAGAAACAAUUGGAAAGGGCGCAAUUAGAAAAUGAGAAGAAGAAAAGGGAGAUAGCAGAGAAGGAAAAGGAAAGAAUAGAGCGAGAAAAGGAGGAAUUAAUGGAACGCUUAAGACAAAUUGAGGAGCAAACAAUGAAAGCUCAGAAAGAGUUAGAGGAACAGACUCGAAGAGCUCUUGAACUAGAUCAGGAACGAAAGCGUGCGAAAGAGGAAGCGGAGCGCCUGGAAAAAGAACGUCGAGCAGCUGAAGAAGCUAAAGCUGCUCUAGCCAAGCAGGCAGCUGAUCAAAUGAAGAAUCAAGAGCAGCUAGCAGCAGAACUUGCUGAAUUCACUGCCAAGAUUGCACUUCUAGAGGAGGCCAAGAAAAAGAAAGAGGAGGAAGCCUCGGAGUGGCAGCACAAAGCAUUUGCAGCCCAAGAGGACUUGGAAAAGACCAAAGAAGAGCUGAAAUCUGUGAUGUCUGCUCCUCCCCCGCCUCCUCCCCCACCAGUUAUUCCUCCAACAGAGAAUGAACAUGAUGAACACGAUGAGAACAAUGCUGAAGCCAGUGCAGAACUGUCUUCUGAUGGUGUCAUGAAUCACAGGAGUGAGGAAGAACGGGUAACAGAAACACAGAAAAAUGAACGUGUUAAGAAGCAGCUCCAGGCUUUAAGUUCUGAGUUGGCUCAAGCCAGAGAUGAAACCAAGAAAACACAAAAUGAUGUCCUUCACGCUGAGAAUGUUAAAGCAGGCCGUGAUAAGUACAAGACUCUUCGACAAAUCCGACAAGGCAAUACAAAGCAGCGUAUUGAUGAGUUUGAAGCAAUGUUACAAAAGUACGAUCUCUUGCAGCCCUUAGGAUAGGAACAAGGUAAAGAUCAUCAGAAGACCUGGGGUCUGCCAAGGCCUGCUCUUGUGCUUCUCUAAAUCUGGACAGUUUACAGCAUUUUAAAUUAGAUGCUGCCUGGUCCAUGAAGAGUUUUUUGGAAGGACCACGAGGUGCUGUUACAACAGUUCACUAAUGUUUGGUUCUUUCAUGGUCUCUUUAAGUCUUUCAUUCUUUCGUUGUCUUUUUCUCAGGAUAAAAUUAGCUUUUUGAAGUAUUUAAGCUGUUGCUCUUUCCAGGAAAAAAAACCAACCAAACAGUAUGUUAAUCUUUGUCAUGUAAUGGGACAUGCUAGAGUGAACAAUGGUGUGACCCUUCAAAGCAGGAAGAAGUUCUUCAGUAGGAGGGUGGUGGGACUCUGGAAUAGGCUCUGCCCAGGGAGGUUGUGGAUGCCUGCUCCCCUGGGAGUGUUCAAGGCCAGGCUGGAUGAGGCCUUGAGCAGCUGAGUCUAGUUGAGAGGUGUCCGUGCCCAUGUGGGGGAGGUUGGAGUAGAUACCUCUGUGGUCCCUUCUAACCUAAGCCAUUCUAGGAUUCUGUGAAAUUGCUGGAGGAAUCUUGCAGGUCUUUGCCCUCAGACGAUGUAGUGUGGGAAGCCUGACGCUGCAUCCAGCCUGGGUAAAGUGAACUAAGAGUUAGAUACUUUCCAAGUUUUAUUGGUUUUCUACACAGUUUCUAAUAGCCUUGGUGAUACACGAAGAGUGCCAGAUCAUUUUCUAAUGUAAACUUCCCAGCUUGAGCUGUCUGUACAUAAUGUUUCCAGUGUAAGCACCCGUUGCUAUUUGCCUUUUUGUACCCUCUUGGGAUGUGCAUACUGUGUAUACCUAACUGUGUUCAGUGGUGCACCCUGCACAAAAAAACCUGAAUAAAUGGGUUUUCAUGUUAA